AUGCGCGCGCUGACGGAAGAUGAGAUCUGGCACGACCCGUGGGAAGAAGCAGCUGCUGAAGGUGCCGUGCGGCGGUGGAUCGAGGAGAAGAAGCAUCGGCAGAUGAUCAGCGUUCUACUCUCGACGCAUGCCCACGCACGAGCGCUCGCCGACGCUGGCUUGUCCGCCACCGCGGCGCUCGUCUCGCGCUGCGGCACAGCGACUCCGGAUCGCCUUCUCCGUGUCACCGCCUCCGAUGUUGCGGUCGAGAGUGGUGGCAGCAUCGUGAGUGCACGCUCGCAGCUCGCUCUUCUGUCGGCAGAGCUUGGAAGCAUGGAGGUGUCCCAGAAGGGCCACCUCGUCUACGCGUUUCCGCGCGACGUCCUGCGGCGCGCUCGACGACGCGAGAGCCAGCAGCCGCUCGCUCGAGCAGAGACGGCGGGGAAGGCAUGCAUCGGGCUGAUGCUGCUCGCGUCUGUCUGUGCGCUGCGCCCGCUCCUCGCACGCGGCAGUGUUCACGCGCAGCGCGUGAGCCUGAGGCACGAGUUUCGUGCGCUUCGUCACGCCGUCGUCGGAGAGCAGCGGCUUACAGGCGGAGGCCCUUUCGACGCGGGCAGAGAGGGCGCAAGGGCUGGCGGAGAGGGCGCAGAAGCUGCCUCGGACGGAGAGGCGCGGCAGCUCGAGCAGAGCCUCGCGCUGGCGUGCUUCGCCUUUAUGUUUGGCGACGGCCGGGCGCGCGUGGCGGCGCAGCGGCGCGAGGCUCAGCUCGCCGCCGUCGCGCGCUGCAUCCGCGCCAGCCGAGGCGCGGUGUGCGCCGCGCAGCUGCGGCCCUUUCUGCUCGACCCCCCGCGGGCUUCCGUGCGCGGAAGCCGCUCGGGCGGCUCCUCAUGGGGAGCAGAGUCCGCCUCUUCAUGGCUGACGGAGGUCGAGCCGUCGCUCCUCCCGAUCCUGCUCCGCUUCGACGGCCGGCCCGUCGCCACGGACGAGGGCGAGGUCGUCUACUGCUUCCCGGACCUGCUCGCCACCGCCGGCAGGGACGCCAGCUACGGCCUCUACCCAACGACCGCGCCGGUCGUGCGCGGGGCCGGCUCGGUGCUACGCCGCCUCUCCGGACCGAGCGCCGACCGCUCCGACUACUGGGAGGAGGGGGUGCGACCCUUCGCCACCGGCGCCUCGGCCGCGCUGCAGCGCAAGGUGUACGCCGUCGCCUGCGCAAACUUGUGCGCGGCCGUCGUCCUCGGCGGCCUCCUCGGCCCGCUGCAGCUGUACUUGCGGCGCGGUGCGGGCGGCGCUGCGGCGCUGACUGUGGUCAACUUCGUGUACGGUGGCAUCCUCGCCAACGGGCUGGCGUGGCUGCUGCUGCCGGCGGCGCGGCGCGUCCGCCUCUUCCGCGAUAAUUGGGCGGCGCGCGGCCGCAACCGGCGGAGGAGGAGGCUGGCAGAGCAAGUCCUCGCCGCGGAGGCGCCACUGCCGUUCGUGCCGCCGCACGGCGAGCGGAUCGCGCGCGGGAUGCGCGCGGCGAGGCGGCUGCGGGCGCGCGGGCGAGAGCACGAGGCGGCACGGGGCGAUGUGGUCUACACGACGGCGAAGGACGUGCUCGAGCAGUCGGAGGCCCACGACCCAUCGAGGGAGGCGUGGGACGCGGAGCUGGAGCGGAGGACGGGCAGGUUGGGAGCGGCAUAG